AUGGGCUCCGAAAAAGGCGUCUCAAAACCCGCAAUAGACGACCCUGACAAACCAAAAACGAACAUGUCACAACCCAAGCAGAAAAGGCAAGCCUCCAAAACCGAAAAACAAAAUUUUUUUGGUCAAACUGCCGCGCAAAACAAAUAUACAAACCAGCAGCACCAACAAGAUGGCGGGGAGGAAACACACGACAGCAACCUCCUUACAGACUCUGCCGACCAGACUAUGGAAGAGCCGGUCACCAAGCAAUUUCUUUUGGAACAGCUGGGAGCGUUCUCCAGCAAAAUGAUGGCUGGCUGGGAAAAAGGCCUAUCAAGCCUGAAGAAAGACAUAGGGGAGCUGGGAGCGAGAACCUCCCGCGUGGAGGAGAGGAUAGAGGAAACACAAGAGGCACACAACCACCUAAUAGACCAGGUGAACGCACUGCAAGCCACAGUAUCCACAAUGGAGAACAAGCUCAUGGAUAUUGAAGAUAGGGCGAGGAGGAAUAAUCUACGACUGCGGGGCAUACCAGAAACGGUGGCCCCUGCGGACCUCCAGGCCUACGUGCACGAAUUUUUCCAUGUGCUCUCGCCAGACACACCGCCAGACAUGCUCCUCUUGGAUAGAGUACACAGAAUACCUAAACCUUCACACCUACCACCCUCAGUCCCAAGGGAUGUCAUCCUGUGCGCUCACUACCAUCAUAUUAAAGAAAUAAUCUUAAAACAGAGCAGAACAAAUAAAAAUGCACUUGGCAAAUACGCUGAUAUAAAGAUAUUCCCGGACCUAUCCGCAGCGACGCUGAGAAGGAGGAAAGCCUUCCAACCCAUCACUAUCAUCCUCAGGCAGCACCAAAUAGCUUACCGGUGGGGUUACCCCCUCAAGCUUCUCAUCACCAAAGACGGCGCGACGAAGAUAUUGGCCUCGCCAGAAGACGGUGAAAAGCUCCUCAAGGAAUGGAACUUACCCACACCAAGCAAGCCGACUAGAGAAUCUGCCAUGCUGCAUCGUGAAUGGCGCAAAGUAUAGUAUCAAUAGACUUAUACCAGCCAAUCUGGACUGAUAAUAAGAUAUAACGAGUAGAGGCUGGUAAUGUAUAUAAUGAUCCAAUUGUUUAUGUUUGCUUAUGCUAAUUUUGUUAACCUUGUGACACCUCAACCCGCACAUUUCCAUGGCACAGACAACAACUACACGCACGCCAACGCACACUAGAACCCCGAAUGCCAAAAGUAGACCAAAUCUAGAUCAGAUUUACCCCCUACCUAAUUGAGUAGGCACACCCACCAACCCACACCUAAGACAAAAGGGUUAUGGAUAACCUACUGACCCCAACCUGCUGGAAUUGAAGUGAAGCUGAAUUGCAGACGCAAAGUUAGCUGCACCACAACCUGAAUGCCUAUCUAAGAUUGUACAACUGAAAAAAAAAAAAAAAAAGUUAAUAUUAGUAUUACUCUACUACUGUAUAUUAGAAUCAAACGGAGCAAGAGGUCGGGGGGAAGGUGGGGACACGCUAACCGAAAUACCCCGACACGAAGCACAGCACAGACGCACUAGCAUUCUUAGUACAAGAAGCUGUGGCAGCUUUCCCCAACACACUGUAGCAAUUGCCGGGGUGAUAUAUAAAAUAAAAAAAAAAUAAAAAAAAAAAACAGCACUUGCACUCCCUCUGACCUCGGUACCUAUACUAAGAUAAGGCACCAAACCCAUAAUCAGGGAUACUAGCUUGGCAUGAAUUUCGGGGAAUACGAUAAUACCUAAACAAUGAAGGAGCCCAGGUAGCCUCCUUCGUGAGCAGAAAGUACAUGCUCACCACACCCCAGGUACUACCAAGGAGUACCGAGCCCUACAUCUGGGCAUUGUUGUACAUAGUUGAGUUCUCUACGAGACUCAGGUUUAUACCCCACCUAUCCUUACCCCUAGUUGCAAACCAUGAGAAGGAUCAAGAACCCACUACACCCAAACCUAUGCAUAUCAAGCAAACAGUCCGCAAGUCGCUCAUCACCAGGCACACACCAUGGCUGGCAUACCGAGGCAGACUAUCACUAAACAUUAUACUGAACUACUCAACAACAGACGAAGAAUUCCAACCUGCCCAACCCCAUAAUGAAAAUAUAUUCACAUAAUGUAAGGGGCCUAAAUACCCCCCAAAAACGCCAAACAUUGCGCACAGAACUGAAAAACCACAACGCGGAUGUGAUCUGCCUCCAAGAAACUCACUUCAAAAGGCAGACAUCUCCUUCCUUGGACCCUUCACAAUUCCCAAACCAAUACCACUCCACACAUAGCCACAAAUCUAGAGGAGUUAGCAUUCUAAUACACAAAUCAGUGGCAUUUGAUCCACUCAAAAUAGUUAAAGACGCCAAUGGGAGAUACCUCAUCCUAAUAUGCAACCUCAAUGAUAUCACAUACACCAUAGUCAAUAUCUACGCACCAAACGACAAUCAAUGGCACUUCCUACAUAAAAUACUGACUAAAGUAAGUACUGUACAACAAGGCAUAGUAAUAUACUGUGGAGACCUAAACCACACCCUAGACCCAGAAAUGGACACUACACUGGACGCAAAAAAACCCAGACUGGCAUCUCUUAGACCGGCCUGCGCCAAACUUAAUAAACUGCUAAUUCAAUUUAACUUAUACGAUGUGUGGCGCACACUACAUCCAGGAGAUAAGGACUACACCUACUACUCCCAAGUGCACAAGACCCACUCUAGGAUAGAUCAUUUUUUCAUGACCAGCACAGGAUUACCACACACGCACCAAUGUACACAUGGAGAUAUUACAUGGUCGGACCACGCCCCAGUGAUACUGACACUCACUGACGCAUUCACAUACAAAGGCAAAGGCUCAUGGAGACUAAACAACUCACUGCUUCACGACCAAGACUUCACCCUCACACUAGACCAAGAACUUAAACAAUACUUUACUACUAACGAGAACCCCCAGACCACGGCCCCGAUUCUGUGGCAAGCACAUAAAUCAGUCGUACGAGGACUGUUGAUCCGCAGAGCAUCAUAUCUCAAUAAACAAAGACGUGCAACACUGAUGAAACUGCUCAUACAAUUAAGAGAUACGACCCAAACUUAUUACCAAACAAAAAAACAGGAUCUCCUAUCGGAAAUCCAAAACAUCACCUCCAAAAUUAAUGACCACCAAUUCCAAAAAACGGCAUACAUUCUGAAAAAAUUCAAAAUGAACCAUUAUGCAAAAGGGAACAAGGCCAGCAAACUGCUGGCCAACAUGUUACGCAAAAAGCAAUCUAACUCCAAGAUUCCAUACAUUCUCUCAAAAAGUAACCAAAAACUAUGGAAUCCACAAGACAUGAAUAGGGAAUUAGUGACCUUCUAUAACACCCUCUACAAUCUAAAAACAGAUGAAACCCUAUAUCAACCAACUGUCACAGACAUUGAGGGAUACCUACGACAAAUACCACUGCCAACACUGACAGAAGAACAAAAACACAAACUAUCGGAACAGAUCUCGAUAACUGAACUGACGGACACAAUUGCCAGACUACCUACAGGGAAAUCCCCGGGCCCAGACGGAUUCACGAAUCAAUACUACAAAACUUUCGCACCCACACUCGUUCCUUACAUGAAACAAACCUUUCAAUCCAUAAUACACACGGGGACGAUCCCACAGGAAAUGCUCAUAGCCCAUGUAGCCACACUACCCAAACCAGGGAAAUUGCCAGACAAAGGACAGAACUUACGCCCAAUCUCACUUCUUAACACAGAUCUUAAACUGCUGGCGAAAAUAUACUCGAAUAGACUAGCUGCAAUGCUUCCAGACUUGGUCCAUGAAGACCAAGUUGGCUUUAUAAAGGGAAGGCAGGGCACUGACGGUACUAGGAAAGUUUUAGACAUACUAUACAGCAUACACAAACGGAAAACGGGAUGCCUAUUCCUGUCACUUGAUGCCGAAAAGGCUUUUGAUAGGCUGAAUUGGGACUUUCUCAGAGCGACCUUAACGAAGUUCGAAUUCCCACCAGAGUUCAUGAACACAAUACAGGCUUUAUAUAGCAAACCCACCGCUAGACUCAUCAACGCAGGGUUCCUGUCGGAUCCGUUUGAGAUCACAAAUGGGACCAGACAGGGAUGCCCCCUCUCACCCCUCUUAUACGUACUGGCGUUAGAACCUCUCACGACUCUCAUUAGACAACACCCAUUAAUCCUAGGCAUCAAAACACAAAACAAAGAACAUAAACUUACACUAUUCGCGGACGAUGUACUAUUGACGCUACAAGACCCCGAAGCCUCCCUACCACAUUUCCACUCUACACUAGAAAACUAUAGUAAAAUGUCCUAUUACAAACUAAAUAUUUCUAAGACGCAAGCUCUUUGCAAAGGUCUCCCCCCAGAGGUCACUUAUAAACUAAAAAACACCUACACAUACGACUGGAGAACUGACUACAUUACAUUUCUAGGUAUACGGUUCACAAAAUCACACACCGCAUUAUUUAACGCCAAUUAUGGCAAACUCAGUAUAGAAAUAAAGAAACAACUACAAGAAUGGAAAACAUCAUUCAUAUCCUGGUCGGGACGCAUGGUAGCGAUCAAGAUGAUAAUCCUCCCUAAGUUGUUAUACCUUUUCAGAUCACUUAUGAUACAUAUACCCGCCACUUACUUUACCACAAUCCAACGCUGGAUAUCCAGAUUUGUUUGGAAUGACAAAAGGGCACGUAUAGCCCUAAAGGUACUGCAGUUACCGCUCAAAGAAGGGGGUAUGAAUCUGCCAAAUCUUAAACAGUACUACCAUGCAACCGUACUUAGCAGCAUUAUCCAAACACGACCAGGCGCACAAGCACCUCAAUGGAAACAUCUAGAAGCAGAAUGGGCCAAUAAUAUUAGUACUGACAACUUAAUGUGGAUACCGAAACAUACCCGGCCGCAACUACAAGAUUGCCUACCAACCACAACAUUAUCACUAAAAAUAUGGGACGGAGCCCGUCCCCUCCUAACAAAUAACUCAAUCCUUUCCAAAGCCAUGCCACUUAAAUCAAUCGCACACAUUAUCCCGGAUUUUAACUACAGAAUAUGGGAAAGACACGGCAUACAAUUCCUACACCAGAUACUCACCAAUACGGGACUAGCAACCUUCGCCUCAUUACAGGCCUCACAUAAGCUCCCAACGGUAGCACAUUAUUCAUACCGCCAAUUAGACUCAUGGUUGCGCAUACAAAUUCAGGAGAAAACAAUCAACACUCAGACACAAAAGAUGACAGAAUUUGAGGAAAUGUAUAUUAGUCCCACACCGCCCCAGAAAGUCAUAUCCUCUAUCUAUACAACACUACCCACAAAAUGCAAACUGCACGAACACAGAUUUAUCAAAGCGUGGGAAACAGAAACCCACAAACAAUUUACUGAACCGGAAUGGGAACGCAUGAUCCUAACCCCCAAAUCCUUCACGUUAUGCUCAAAACACAUAGAGCUUGCCAAAAAACUCCUAUAUAGAUGGUACCUUACACCCAUACGACUACACAAAUAUAAUCAAUCCCUUCCAACACACUGCUGGAGAUGCAAAUCAGGCACAGGAACAAUGGCACACAUAUGGUGGACCUGCCCAUACCUGCAACAAUACUGGAAAGACAUAUCCAAAAUCAUCACACACAGUACAGGAUGCACCCUACCUCAUAAUUUGGACAACUAUGUGCUCUUCAAUAUCCCAGAGUCGCUACCUAAACCAGAUAGGUACCUCAUCUUCCAUAUAAAUAUAGUAGCCCUAGGCGCUCUAGCACAAAACUGGCUAUCACAAACUAUACCCUCCAUCCCCAUGUGCAUACAACAAAUAAGCCACGCGGGCCACUUUGAAACCACAAUGAGAAGGCAAACCACUUCUCCCAACAAACCACACAAACAGUACCGAAGAUACUGGGAAAUAGCAUGGGAUAAGUGGGAAACAUACAAAAAUGACACAACAGGGAACCUCCCAUCGUGAGCUGAUGUCGUGAAUGACCUCGACCCACACGAGGCCAGAAUACUUGCCAAAGCAUACCCCACCAGACGGGAAUGCCAAAGUAACUGACCACAAGGAGUACGACCACUCCAUACAACACUAGAGGUCCAAAGGUAAACUUGAAGAGCAACCGAAAUAACCCUCAAAUGACUUCAAGCACAUAUCUAGUCCCCAGGGAAAUUAUGGCAAACAAUACCACUGAAGCAUAGGGUCAGGCCCUAGUUCUCUCCCUCUCAUCCACUCCAAGGGUACGGGAAAAGUAUAUAUCCCAAAGGCCAAUGCACGAAUGUCACUGCCUUGCACGGUUCAACAGUAAUUAUGUGUACUCCAACAAUGUAAUUACAGCGACUGUAUAUGAUGACUAACUUGUACACACUCUUUAUGGAAUUGCAACUACCCCCCUCCCCAUCCCUCCCUUCUUUUUUCUGUAUCCUCAUCCCUAAAGAAUGACAAAACAAUAAAAAUUGUCAAAUUUGAAAAAAAAAGAUAUGUUGAUGGAGACACAAUCUAUGCUGGGAUUAGGUAUGUUGACGGAGACACAAUCUAUGCUGGGAGUAAGAUAUAUUGACGGAGCUACAAUCUAUGCUCGGAUAAAGGUAUGUUGACGGAGACACAAUCUAUGCUGGGAGUAAGAUAUAUUGACGGAGAUACAAUCUAUGCUGGGAUUAAGGUAUGUUGACAGAGACACAAUCUAUGCUGGGAGUAAGAUAUAUUGACGGAGAUACAAUCUAUGCUGGGAUUAAGGUAUGUUGACAGAGACACAAUCUACUUCAGGAUUAAGGUAUAUUGACAGAGACAUAAUAUACACCAGGAUUAAGGUAUGUUGACAGAGACACAAUCUAUGAUGAGAUAAAGGUAUAUAGACAGAGACAUAAUCUACACUGGGAUUAAAUUAUGUUGAUGGAGACACAAUCUAUGCUGGGAUUAGGUAUGUUGACGGAGACACAAUCUACGCCAGGAAUAAGGUAUUUUGACAGAGACAUAAUGUAUGCCAGGAUUAAGGUAUGUUGACGGAGACACAAUCUAUGCCAGGAUUAAGGUAUGUUGACAGAGACACAAUCUAUGAUGAGAUAAAGGUAUAUUGACAGAGACAUAAUCUACACUGGGAUUAAAUUAUGUUGAUGGAGACACAAUCUAUGCUGGGAUUAGGUAUGUUGACGGAGACACAAUCUAUGCUGGGAGUAAGAUAUAUUGACGGAGAUACAAUCUAUGCUCAGAUUAAGGUAUGUUGACAGAGACACAAUCUAUGCUGGGAUUAAGGUAUGUUGACAGAGACACAAUCUACUCCAGGAUUAAGGUAUGUUGACGGAGACACAAUCUACACCAGGAUUAAGGUAUGUUGACAGAGACAUAAUGUACGCCAGGAUUAAGGUAUGUUGACGGAGACACAAUCUACGCCAGGAUUAAGGUAUGUUGACAGAGACAUAAUGUACGUCAGGAUUAAGGUAUGUUGACAGAGACACAAUCUAUGAUGAGAUAAAGGUAUAUUGACAGAGACAUAAUCUACACUGGGAUUAAAUUAUGUUGAUGGAGACACAAUCUAUGCUGGGAUUAGGUAUGUUGACGGAGACACAAUCUAUGCUGGAAGUAAGAUAUAUUGACGGAGAUACAAUCUAUGCUCGGAUUAAGGUAUGUUGACAGAGACACAAUCUAUGCUGGGAUUAAGGUAUGUUGACAGAGACACAAUCUACUCCAGGAUUAAGGUAUGUUGACGGAGACACAAGCUAUCCAGGAUUAAGGUAUGUUGACAGAGACAUAAUGUACAUCAGGAUUAAGGUAUGUUGACAGAGACACAAUCUAUGAUGAGAUAAAGGUAUAUUGACAGAGACAUAAUGUACACUGGGAUUAAGGUAUGUUGAUGGAGACACAAUCUAUGCUUGGAUUAGGUAUGUUGACCGAGACACAAUCUAUGCUGGGAGUAAGAUAUAUUGACAGAGAUGCAAUCUAUGCUCGGAUUAAGGUAUGUUGAUGGAGACACAAUCUGUGCUGAGAUUAAGGUAUAUCGACAGAGACAUAAUCUACACUAGGAUUAAAUAUGUUGAGAGAAACACAAUCUACACUGGGGUUAAGGAAUGUUGACAGAGAAACAAUCUACACUGGGAUUAAGAUAUGUUGACAAAGACACAAUCUAUACAAGGAUUAAGGAAUGGUCUAUUCAAAACAAUGUUCAGACAGUGAAUAUUGUAUUUCUUUACAGUUAGUGCCAUGUUUAUAGAUUCACUGUAUGUUACUUGGAUAAAAUCUCUCCUUGGAAUGUGUAUGCAAUCCAUGUCUUUCGGACGGAGCAUUGCUGAGGACUUGUGAGACAAGCAUCGUCUUGUAAUGUAAAGCUAGGGGGGUUAAUGCUCAUUUGUAUUCUACAGCAUGUGCCCCUGAAUCCUGCUGUGCUCAGCAGCAAUGAGCAGGAGUGUAUGGGGGAGGGGGUUAUAAAUGGAUUGAGGGCUGGAUGUGUUGUUGCUGUCCAUGGUGCUGAAGGUUGAAUUUGAGGAUUGGGUACAAGGAGGCAAAAGUGGUAAGUAUAUGAUCUCUAUAUGUUUAUCUAAAUUCACAAUAAAACUCAUUCAAGGCAAUUGCUUAUGCAGGGAUUGUAGGGAUCUCAAAAGAUCAGAUCUGUUUUAUGUGAAGUACUGUUAUCCCAUGAUGUCAUGUGUACCUUAUCUGCAUCCAGUGCUGCUAAUGUGACUUAUUUAAGGUGAUACAAUAUAUGAAUGCACACAGUUUUUUUAAUUGGUCCUCAUGAAAAGUCUUUUUUUGUUAUCGGUUUGCUUUGCCGUGUGAAUAACAUCAUCCAUCCAGUCAAUACGACCUUGUUUUAUGACCUUUGUUGUUUUAUUUUUUUUAUCUGCAGAAUAUAGCUUGAUCUUCAGUUUAGUAGAAUGUUGCUAGAAUGUUUAAUUUGUUAGAAUGGAAUCUUCUUUGCUAUUUUGUUUUCCUUUUCUGAUUCAUGCUUAUCGUUGUUAUUUAUAGAGCUAGAGAGGUGGUGGAUUUGCACAGGUCUACCAAAUCUUUAUUUGCUGAAUUGACUGAGGUUUCAAAACAUAAAAGUAAUCAGCCAUUCAAUAAAAUAACCAUCCCCUCCUAACAAGAAUGUAUCAUUUAUCCCUGGGGGUCAACUGCCUUAGCCUAUCAGUAAGAGAACAGUAAGCUAUGCUUUGUGCUGCAUUUUCUUACAUUAUUGAAAGAGUUAAAUGACCUUGCCUUAUCCCUGAGGUCUAACAUUGGUUAAAUCAUAAAAAAAAAUUAAGAUUUUUCAUAUAUCUGGUCUGACUUAUGAGCAAGUGUGUUAUUGUACAUCUUAUUAUAAAGCAUCACAUUUGGAUAGCAGACAGUAUUCUGUUUGUUAUAUGUGUUCCUGUACUAUAAGUCAGAAUACAUUGUGUUGAUAAUAGCAAUAGUUGUCAAUUACAUUAAUUGCUUGUGUCAUUGUGAUUUUAAAGUAGGAUAUCCCUUGGUCUCACAAAGCCUCUGUUUGUUAUCAUGCAUGCUUGCCCUGGUCAAUAUUCUUGUCCUGGAUUCAAUUAUUUUGAGUGACCUACUUUCUCUUGGCUACUUUGUUAAUACCUACCUUUGUAACACCUCUUUCUUCCAUUCUAGAAUCCAUAUUGUGUGCUGCACUAUAACUUCCCGAUGUUAGGUAAAAGUGGCACCAGGUUUAAAUGAUUUGGCAAUGCUGAGUGGCAAACUUUGGAAAAGCUCUGGUAAUCAUGGUGCAGACAGUGCAGGUGGCCGUGCUGGGGGCACCGGCGGUUGGCAAAACCUCCAUCAUCCGACAAUUUGUGGCACAUGAAUUCCACGAGGGAUACAUUCCGACUGAGCAACGGGAGUUGCACCGUGCCACAGCAGUCCUAAGUGAGAGGAUGUAUGAGCUAAUAAUUUUGGAUCUUCCCAACAUGCCCUGCUACCCAGGCACUGCAGGACAGGUGAAGUAUUUGACUAUAACAGGUCUAGCUGAUUGUAUGUGGGGAUGAACUAUGGCCCAACAAUGCUAAUGCAAAUAUGAAUUUGCCAAAUAAACAAACAAACAGAAUCAUGAUAUUAUUACAGAGAGGGUGAGGAGCAAUGUAUCCCAUAAAUUACUGCUGAUCAUGAGUUUGUUCCGUUCUUCCCACCAAAAAUUUCCAAGAUAGAGAUUGGAUUGGAGGCAUGGGGGGCAGAGAAACACUAUAAUGUUAGGAAAACAGGUUUUUAUAACAAAAUUAUAGUUUUCUCUAAUACAAAAGGCUUGUGAAAGGCCAUUAUGACCACCACAUUAGUACAAUGGAGAUUUUAUACUUCCCCAAUGUCGCCACUUGCCUUGUUGUGAGUGGUGGCAUGUCUGAAAAAUAAAAAAACAGCUAUUGCUGCCCAGUCAAUAAUAAUGCAGAACCUGCAAGGGGAGGCCUGGAUGUCUCCUCUACCCCUUCCUCCUUUCCUGUGGUAGACCUCCCUGCCUACCUAAUGAGUGCACUUUAUAUAUCUUUCCCUCCUCACUCCCUGCCUGUCUCCCUCCCUCGCCUUGUUGGCCCAGAGCAUGUGCAUGCACCCUGAGCCGGUUAAAUGGUCCAAUCUGUGGCUUCUUGUGGAAUGGAAAGCCAUGGAAAAGCUGCGCUGGGAGCUUCGCACAGAAUUGGAUUUCAGGUAAAUAAAACUUCUUUAAAAAUUAAUUUCUAACAAUCGGGACGAGGACGACCUAAAGAAUAGUGCUCAAUAGGCCAUCGUUAAUUAAAAUCAAUAAAGCAUUUAAAAGGGUUGGAGUAACCCUUUAAUUCCAUUUUGGAAGGGCUGCAAGUCUUGUGAUGUGAUGUUAUGUAUUUGGUGGUAAUGCCAACACAGUGAUUUGAAAUAAUAUAUUUAUUUAAUCAGUUCCAUGUUUAUGACAAACAUUUCAUCUUGCCCUGAACUAUAAGGUCUAAAUAUCUAAUAUAGGCAUCAGAAGCAUGUACUACUUACCAUAUAUAGUUCUUGAUAACAUUAAAUGCUGCAACUUUCAUACAUGUGAGAAUUGAAAGGAAUUCAACGUGAAUUAAAAAUGGAUUUCAAAUGUAAAGCUAAAAUUGGCAUUUUUCAAUUCAGUUAUGCUUCCGGUUUGGCCUUUUCCCUUUUCUCUGUCCAAAACAGUUGCACUCUGCUUUGAUCUCAGUAAAUUACAAGGGAGCAUGGACUCCCUGGGACAUUCACUACAAUUAAUAUCCAGGUAUCAAAACUGUGAAUAAUUAUCUGAUUGUACUCUGCUAUUUCUCAGUACCUUUACUGUAUCUUCAGGAUUCUCCGUUCUAUACUUUAGUCAACACAGAGCAUCUCAUUUUGUGGAAAAGAAAAUCAGAGAAGGCAUUCUGAGUAAGGAGUAUGAUUGUCAAGAUGUUGAACAAGCAUGCCGACUGGUUGACCAUCAUGAGAGUAUGAGCUCAAAGUAGGAUAGCUGUAGUUACCUAUCCCUUUACUUAAAAAAAAAAAAACUCACACAAAAAAACAAAACACUUAUAGAAACACUCCAAGCAUCAUAACUACUACAAUGUGCGGUAGUGGUUAUAGUGCUUGGAGUGUUCCUUUAAUAACAUAAAUUUGUUUUUAAAGAAUUAAAUUAAAACCACUUGGGCUUUUGAGAAAGCUUUGUAAGGUCAGCUGAUCACUAAAUGUGCAGAAUGUACAGAGGGGUUGCAGAUGUUCAAUAUAAUAAGAGGUAUAUUAUAUGGACACCCUGAAGACAAAGCUUAAUGAAUGCUCCUUCAAAGUUACCGCAAGUUACUUUCAGAAAGCUUUCCUAACUUCACAGAAGACAGAAAAGUAACACGUGACUUCCCUCCUCUAGUUUUAAUUUUAGCCUACAAGAUGGAACAUAUGGGAUCCUUAAAAGAGAUAAAAAUCAAAGUGCACACAAACACCAAAAAGACUGCUGUUUCACCAUAUGUAGGGCGAUACAUUACCUCCUACAGUUCAAACAGCCAACUCCUUCCAUAAACCAGUGUGCAGAUGGAGCUCCUAUCUGUAAUCUCCAGCAUGUAGAUUAAAUCCAAUGGAACAACAAAGAAGGAAUAAAAUACAUGUUAUCAAUCCAUCCAGGCAGCCAAGGCUUCUUCAAACACUUCGGUCAAUUCAGCAUAGUGUCAUAUGAAUUUUUUGGUUAGCUGUCAAGUAUUAAGCAGUCAACAUCAAAAAGUCAACUAACUACGGCCAAUUAAAACCAAGUUUGCUGUAACCAACAAUGACCACUGGAAGCCCAAAUAGUCAAAUGUAAAAAUAAAUGAGUAAAAUAUAAACAAAACAAAAACCAACAAGUAAGUGAAUCCCGGGGCCGGAGCCUAGCCGUCAAGAGGAGCAGAUGUGUGUGUCCCGAGCUCCUGCUGAAACAGCCAAUAAAGAAGUUUUUACCCUUGCAAACAUGAGAUUAAACCCACUGACGGGCGGUAUAAAGCCCAGAGGGGUCCAAGUGACAUACCUCGAAAUUCCGCCAAACAGAUUGGACCCUGGAGACCAGAGGGACACCACUGCGGCCUAUAAUACCAGGGUCGAGGAGAAGCGGCCGAUCUUCCCGCUCACCAGUAACUCAUGAGACCACGCACUCUCAUACCCCUCCUCCCCCCUGGACUGGCGGGGGUCAUCCCGGUCCCUCUUCGACUGCCUAAACCUAGCAAAAAGGCAUUUGCAUACACACCUGAAACGGGGCCCAACUACAUGAGGAGAGCUAAUCCAAGAUGGCGACCGAAACGCGGCCUGAAGAGACGGCCCACAAGCAAUGCGACCCAGCCCUAGACUGGAUGCUACAGCGACUGACUGAGCACUUUCGACAACUCUGGAUUGCCCUGGAGAAUCACCAACCACUACAACCACCCCAGCCUCAAGUUAGACAAAAGAGCAGCGGGAGACAGAGGGAGCAGAGGUCCCCCUCGGGCCUAACGCAAUCAGAAAAGCCUGCACCCCGCAUUACUAGCCCACCUGGGCCGAGGGCCACCAAGGGCUUGACACGAAGAUGUCACCCACACGGACGGAGAGAUGGCCGCCACAGAUGGCGGCAGACCAUCAUGUCCCCCCAAUCUUCCCAACAUGGGAAAGACUCGGCCCACAGAGAAGACCGGGUCUGUGAUUUAAGGAUGUGUCGGCCUUCACACCGGCCUGGGGCUGGAGGGAGGACUUACAUCACCCCCGACGAACCGCCACCUCUAUACUAUGUCCUGUAUCGAGCACAGCUGGCUACACGCAGGGCCCAGAAAGAGGGCGCACCUCACAUGCAGCCUGCCGCUGAGCCACCUCUGAUGGACUCAAUUACGCCAUACCAGCAUUGCCCAACCAAGGACUCAGAUGAAAAUCGUGCAGAGAAGGCGGACUGCUCCACAGAGGCUGAGAACACGACCCCCCAGCCACUAGUUAAUCUUUCUAUUAGGCCUGUUACCCACUUCAGAUGUUAAUUUGUCUUAAUUUGUUAUAACUGCCUAACAAUUGACUUAGCUACACAUUUGAAUUAGUAAUGUAUCUGCAGAACUUGGGCUGGACCCCAGGAGGUUCAUACCAUACCCUAACUUAUCUAGCAAGCAACCAUACAGCUUUUAAACAAUACCAGAUGUGAAAUAUUUAACAGACAGUUGAGCAGUCUUAUCUAGCAUGUAACCUGGCUAUUAACUACUAUUCAAGCAGUUCAACUAUGAUUGUCUACACCAGACCUACUCAUGUUAAGUUCAUACAACUUAUAUAGCUCACUACACUAUGACACUGUCCCACAACAUGGCUAUUCUGAGCUAUACACUAUUUCACUCUAUUAUAAAUACAAAUAAGCAAAGUAUGUUUUUCUAUGUUAUCUACAAGUUGAUUCUUAAGCAUGUUAUCACGUUAUAUUCCAUAAAAUAUAGUGCACAGUAAUAACCUGCCAUACCUAUGUACCAAAAUGUCUAACUAAUUCUGCUUGAUGAUGCUGUUGUGGCACCAUAUACAUGCAUGUUAUCACCUGCACUGCAAAAAUAAAGAAUUUAAAAAAAUAAGUGAAAUCCCACUAAACACAAUGUUUGCCUCCCUGUCUCCAACACCAUGUUUACCUGGUACCCAAAUUGUCACACCCCCUUGAAAACCUGUGAGAUAUGGGAUAGUGGAUAAUACAUUAAUUGUGGUAGUGCAACAUUAAAGUAUGAAGCAGAGUGUCCCAUUUGCCUGGCCAAUAAACACCCCCAUUAACUAUAGCAUUGGAGGGAUUCCCAAUUAUGCAGGUACUACAUAGUACUUUUUUCUGCAUGAGAAGGAUGAAUCGACCUUCAGGAACUGAAAAGUGCCAAACAAAGCCUUUCACAAAAUAUGGUAUUUUGGCAAGCUAGUUACAGUACUAUGGGGUCCACUCCUGGGAAUAGCUUAUGGCUAGAGGUAUCGAACCAAUGCUCUUCAGCUGUUUUUGGACUGUUAUACAGGCUGGCUGAUAAAUGUGGGAGUUGUAGACCAACACGAGGGCCAGGAUUGGACUCUAGACAAAAUACUUAACAUUCACUUAAGUGAUUUUAUACUCACAUUUGCAAUGCCAGGUAGCUACUAAGUCAUCUGACAUUUAGUCUUUUUUUUUUUUUAUUCUUUAUUUUCCAGUGCAAGAAUUAUAACAUAUACCUUGAAUCGCCACAACAGCCAUGACAAAGUGUUCAACAUUCCAACUUGGUACAUAUAUAGGCAUAAAGAAAUACAGUUUGCACUUUUUUAUAAGUUUGGUCGGUGGUAACGAAAAGUGGUGAAUCAUUAUUAAGAGUGAAAAACGGGCAAUAGCAGAACUCUGGGGCUCCCCGGAGGUCCCCACUCUAGCCACAAUCAUCCGCAAAACCAGGGAAGCCAUUGAAAUGGACAGAAUCUCAGCCCUAGUCCACGAAACGUCACGCCACUUUCACAAAAUUUGGGACCCAUGGCUGAGCGAGCCGGCGCUGAUGUCGCCGAACCUGGCUACGCCGCAGGCCCAAUAAAUGGCCAACAGAAGCAUAACAGGGUGGGGAGAUCAGGGGGCGAAACCCAAAAGCAAAACAAACAGGGGAGAACCUACAGGGGCCCACAACCGCAACUCAGGGGGGCCAACCCACAACAGACUCCAGCAGACACCCAAAACCAUAGCACAGAAACACUAAAACUUCCCACGAGCAUAACACCCAACCACUGAGACCAAAGGUUGACUAUGUUUAUACUUGAUUGUAUACUUUUGUAUUUUUGUAUGUUUUUAUGUUGGUAUUUAAGUUUCGUGGUAUAUUAUGGAUUUACCAUUGUGCAACCUAUCAACAUCCAACUAAUGCAACAGCAAAGCUGGAAACCAGCUAGACAAAAGGUCUAGUCACAUAACAAUGUCAAACAUGUUAUAUCAUAAGACAAAUGUAUACACCACGGUUGCAAAAUGCUUCUGAAAAAGUGAAAAUAAAUAAAGAAUGUUUAAAAAAAAAAAAAAAGAGUGAAAAACACUCUGAGGUUGCCGACAAUGCUGUCGGGGUCUGGUGUUGGUAAGGCUAGGUGGACAAAGGGUCUAAUUCGGUUGACCUCAACAGUUAUGACUGGCUCUACCACUGUGGUAUGUUUGUGGUUGGCACCCCGUGGAUGAGAGUGAUUGACAUUCUGUGUCUAGUGGGUCGUCGCUUGGUGUUGCCUAAUGUCUAGUGCUGAAGAACCUAGAUAUGGAUGGGCUUGGUGAGGUGCUGGUGCCUGUUUCGUGUAAAACACAGCUAGUUUGUUCAGGUCUGAGGAUGGUAGAGCUUGUGAAUGCGUGUGCGGUCUAGCUAGGUGGUCAGCUGAGUUGUUGAGGUACCAAUGGACAGACCGGUGUUGUGCUUGUAACAGGGAAGCUCCAAGGAUUGCGAUGCCACUGUACCCUGGGGACAGAAGGGGGGAUGGCGGGGGUGAAGGAUUGUGCACCGGAGCACAGAGAUAUGUUCUCUGGAUGCCUCACUCACGUCCUAUUGACCAUGUGUUGGCUUUGUUAGCUGGCCCACACGAGCUAGGCAGAACUAGAGAUACUUGAAAAAGAAUAAAAUCAAACCAUUUAAAUAACAUAAAGUGUCCCAACAGGUAAAUGAAAUAUAGUAGCGGUGAGCUUGUAGUCAAGUCGUGGCGCCUCGUUUCCCUCUGGGUGUGGAGACUUCUAUGUCCUCCGUGUUCUGCGGUUGAGGGCGAGGGGUUAUGGCCGUGGGUUGGUUAGACAGUCCCAAUGUAGCCAACAGGGCUGGGCCUUCCUUGGGGUCUGAGGCCUUGUAGUUCUGUCCCUCUUUGGAGACCCAGAAGGUCUUCGGUGUCGCCCACCUGUAAGUAAUCCCUGCUUCCUGCAUUGAUUUACACCAUAGGAGUGUAUUUCUACUUAAGUCCUGGAAGAGGGAUAGUUGGCAUGUCUCAAAAUAAUAUGGGGUCUUCCCUCAGAAUGCAGCUAGUAGUCCCAACUUGUCUGUCAUAGUGCAGCAGCGUAAGAUGAGAUCUCGUGGAGCCAAAGUGGGGCCCUGCGGCGACUUGGCGAUUCUGUAUACUCCGUCAAAUAAGAACUGUUUGGCCUGUUUAGUCGGUAGGACUGUGCCCACCAGGCGUCUAAUGAAAUAAGGCAGUUCUUAGCGUAUCAGGAACCUCUCUAAUUUUCAAAUUCUUUUUCCUGCCCCUUUCAUGGCCUGUGCUGUUUGUAGCUGUUGGACUGUUUCACUUAGAGCAAGAUGGUCUUGUUUCAGGUCUGCUGAAUGAUAGAGACAGGGCCGGAUUAACAUAGGGGCUGAUGGAGCUGCAGCUCCAGGCCCAGGCCCAUGGAAUAGGCCCAUUGAUUUAAAAAAAAAAUCCACACACAUUUUUUUUUCCACACACUACUCUUAGGGAUUCCACCUGGCUUUUAUUUUAUUGGCACAGCCCGUAUUUAAGGCUGCCUGGCUGGUGCCAAUAUUGCAGUGAUACUGGCAAUACAAAUGCUGGUAUUUUUCUGAGUAUAAACAAGAGAUUACUAUGCAAUACCAGCACUGGCCAGCAGGGGUCGCUGUAUGUGGAGACAGGCAGGGUUAGGAAGUUCCAGCAUAUCCCUCCCUGCCUGUCUAUACUCACUGAUCUGCAGGGGUGCAGCUAUACAGCACAGAGAGGCCAGACAGCAACUCCCACCCUGCAGAGACAGCCUGCAGCUCAGGGAAGUAAGGGUUGGGGUGAAAGGCUGCAAGGAGACAUGCACUGAGAUACUAAGGUACACUGGGAGACAUUAUGGCAGACACUGAGACACUAAGGGACAUGGGGAAACAUUAUGACACAGACACAUGGGGAUACAGUGUCCCCAUGUCUCCCAUUCAGUGUCCCUGGUGUCUCAGUGCCCACUUGUCUCCCAGUGCCCCCAGUCUGCCAGUGUCUCAAGGUCCCCAUGUCUCCUAGUACCUCCAUGUCUCUCAGUGCCUCAAGUGUCACAAUGUCCCCAUGUCUCCAAGCUAGUGUCCCUAGUGUUUGUGGCCCUGGUGUCUCAGUGUCCUCAUGUCUCCCAGUCCCCCCAUGUCUCAAUGUCCCCAUGUCCCCCAGCCAGUGUCUCUAGUGUUCUGUGUCCCUGGUGUCUUCAAGUGUCCCCUAUUUUCCCAUUGUCCCCAUGUGUCCUAGCCAGAGUCCCCUAGUCUCCCAGUGUCACUGGUCUCUCCGUGUUCCUAGGUCUCCCCGUGCCCCCAGGUCUCCCCGUCUUCCUAGUGUCCUAGUGACAUGGGGACCCUGGGAUACAUGGGGACACAGGGAGACAUGGAGCAUUCAGACACUGUGAUACAUAGGAUCACUGGGAGACCUGGGGACAUGACACUAGGGGACACUGGGAGACAUGGGGCGCUGAGACACUGAUACAUAGGAACACUGAGAUCUGGAGUAAUCGACACAUGGGGGCACUGAGUCAUGAGGACACUGGGAGGAAUCCAUCUAUACAGCAGAAUCAAACUAAGUAGUUUUUUGGUGAUUUUACAGCAUUUUCUCCUUGUGAUUUACAUCAUGUGAUAUCACCCAUACAUAUUUAAUUAUGCAAAUUAGUAAGGUUGGUAUGUUUUUCCAAGAAAGGUGGAAACCCUAACUACUUUUCACAUACUCUUAUUUAAGUAUGGAAACUUAAGAGGGAUGUAUGGGAACAAACCUUAUGUGGACUGGCUGACAAUGAAUAUAGUUAAAGGGACACUAUAGUCACCAGAACAACUACAGCUUAUGGAAUUUAUUCUGGUGAGUGGAAUCAUUACUGUCAGGCUUUUUGCUGUAAACACUGUCUUUUCAGAGAAAAUGCAGUAUUUACAUUACAGCCUAGUGAUAACUUCACUGGCCACUCCUUAGAUGGCUGUUAGAGAUCCUUCCUGGGUCAUGGCUGCCUAAAAUGCAUCCAAACAUUCAAUGUCUCCUCCCUCUGCAUGCAGACACUGAACUUCAUUAAUUCAAUUCAUCUCUAUAAGGAGAUGCUGAUUUGCCAGGGCUGUGUUUGAAUCAUGCUGGCUCUGACCCUGAUCUGCCUCUUUGUCAGUGUCAGCCAAUCCUAUGGGGAAGCACUGUGAUUGGAUCAGGCCACCACUUCUAAUGAUGUCAGCAGACUGCUUGUUUUUAUGAGUCUAACAGCAUGCAGAGUUACAGCUUCAGGCUUGAAUAUAGUAAGAUUUUGCUAUAUUUAUGGAGGCAUGAGGGGCCCAGGGGGGCUAGAUGGUGGUGUUAACACUAUAGGGUCAUGAAUUCAUGUUUGUGUUCCUGACCCUAUAGUGAUCCUUUAAGGUAAUGAUGACUUUGGUCUCUCUAACACUGUGGCAUGUUCCCUUUCUUCUCCACUCACUACAUACAGCUUUUCUCUGUCCCAGACUAUAUACCAGGAGCUUCUGCCUGCUACUAAGAAGGUAAGGAGACAAGUGGACCAGCGAGUGCUAGGGGACAGUCCUUAGAAAGCGUUGAGUGAGCGCAUCAUUAGAUGCAUUUAUGCCAAGCUCAGGGUGCUGUCUGCAUAGUAUGCCCUUAGUUGGCCAGAUGCAUGAUUGGCAGGCAGCCUGACAUGCAUUCAUGCCAGACUGCCUUCUAAUUCUUUGGGCAGACAUGUCCUCUUUUUGGGCAUGUUCGCCCCUUUUGGCAGGUUACGUGAUUUGUGUCAAUGGCACACCCUUUUACCUUCCUGCUUGACUGGACACUGUUGUUAGGGGUUAUGGAUUUACUUGAAAAAUGAAAACAUAAAUUAGAGAGAGAUUAGCCUAGGGUAUGCGUUUUCUUAUACCUGCUGUUUUCUAUCUCUCCAGCACCAUCUCCAUCAGAUACAUGACGCUUGGGAGGUUUUACUGUUUUUGGUCGAUAUGAUUCUGUAAUUAGGCCCGUCAUAAUUGUCAGCACCAGGCCCACUGGGCUCUUAAUCUGGCCCUGGAUAGAGACUCAUGUCAGAUGAAGAAGCAGAAGAGGGCAGCCUCUACAUCUGCUUCAACUUUUGCUGCAGGCCUGCGAGCAUAUUUGUAUGUCCCUUUUAGAAGCCGGGAUGUGUUCUCCUGCCAAGUGUGUCAGCACCAGGUGGGAACUGGAGGUGGUCCUCGUCUACCGAGGAUGCUGGGGAGGCCGAGCGGGGUGGUGGGGCCUGCUGUGAGGGGGGAGCCAGCAGCAUGUGGCUGAUGUCCCGUUGUGAUUCCGGGUUUUGUAUGGGCUGUUUUUGCGAACUGCGCCCCAUUUCACCUUCCUCACGCAGACCUGUUCCACCAUCCGGGUCUUUCAGUAAGUUCGCCCAUGCGGUAGACCUUAGGGCCUCGGGUUCGGGUUUUUGUGCCCGGAGCGGAAAAGAAGGGUAUCUGUGGGUGCGGCAGUUAAUGCUGCAGCUGUCCGAGUCCUUUUUAGCCGGUGAUUGAGCAGGAUGCUCUCAGAUUUCGGUAGAUUGUGUGGCACAGUGUCGGAGCUCAAAGCAAUGGCAUCUGCUCCAGGUGCGGUGACAAGCCCUGCCCCCCUGACAUUUACUCUUUAAUGGGAACCAGUGGGUUAUGAUUUUGAUAUGAUUUUUCAUGUUAUGGAAUCUAUAAAUUAAUACUUUAAAGGAAGGCUGUACAUAUUCCAGGUCAUUUAUUUAAAAGCCAAUAAAAAUCGGCAUAUUUGAAACAAUAAGUAACGCUCAGAAGUCAGUAGAGAGAAUACCGCUGCCGUGUUUAAGUUCAGCUGAAUUCAUUGAAAUUCCUUUCUGCUUGCAGCUACAACAGCAACAAACCUGUAAGAAAAUACCUGCUGGUAUAAACAUGGUAAAAUAAUGCAUGUGGGGGUCUGUAGGACCUUGGCAUGUAAAAUUUUUUGUACAAUUUGAAGUGUGAGCUAAGCAUUGCUUCUUCUGCAGCACUGAAAGGGUUAAUUACUAGGCAAAGCACUUAUAUCACAUCAUAAUUAUAUUUAGAUUUUUUUUCUUGUUUUUUUUUUUUUAUGCCUGUGAAACUGUAAUAGCAUUUAGUAAAUAGCUCAUAUAUUUGUGGUUUCUAUUAUCUCCUACUGAGAAUUGUAAUUUGGUCAAAAGCCUUUUUUGAUUGUUUGCUUUGCUUGGCACUGUAUUUGUUUAAGCUAUGGAUACAGUGUUAAAGGUUAAUAUUACUGUAAGUAACUUGAGGAAGGAAGGUAUGUGUAAACCUAGGGCACAAUUAGAAUAUACUAUCAAAAGCGGCAAAAUGAGUAUUUUAUAAAGAUUGAAUCUUGGAUGAAAUACUCACAUUGACUAUGUUGGAAUUUCACUAAGAAUUUCAACCCAGUCAAAAGAUAUACUGAGACAAGGUAAUGUAAUUUUCCUACACCUGGUACUAGGAGGAGCUACCACCAUCAGGCCUUGUCAGUCGUUCAGCCACACCACUGACAACUGUAGGGAAAUUAGCUCUAUCUAUGGAAGAUUCCAUGGUCUUGCGGGAUCCUCCAUAGUCAUUGUUGUACUGGGCAAGAGUAAAACAAUGAUAGAGACUCAUGUCAGAUGAAGAAGCAGAAGAGGGCUGGCAGGAAGAUGAUGGCAGCUCCCACAUGGGACAGGUUCAGGUAAGUAAAAUUCACCUUUGCUUGCUGUCACCGUCAUGGGUCUUUGCAAAUUAUGCAAAUUCCACUUUAGGUCUAGUUAGGAUCUAGCAUUAUGUCUUGAAGCCAGAGCUGGUCCUGGGUGAGUGCACCAGGUAGCUGAGGCAGAAGGGGAGGAACCAGGUCUCCAGCCUGCAUAUGCAUGUGUGUGGUGUGGCAGGAGCGGGAUCAAGGUCAAGCCAGAGCCUGCCGAGGGUUGCCCUGCCCCGAUGGCAUCCUUAUCAUCACGUGACCAUGACGCAUUUGCUAGCACCGCCAUCUUGGUGUGGAGGCAGUCGGGAGGUAGCACAGGGUGCGCUGAGAGGUGGCCACUGCCACAGUAUCUACCUCCACCAUGUCUACUGAGAACCGGGAGAGCAAGGCGUUGAUGGAUAACACUUACGAGAAGCUGAGCCUGGAGACAUGCAGGGGUCCCCAGACUGCAAUAUGGAGGGUACUGGCUUCCAUGAUUAUACAUCAUGGUUUAAUGAUAAGGAAAAGGCGACUAACACUACUGGAUGCAGACCUUGUACUAGUGCCCGAGCAUGGCCUAGUCUUAGUGGCCUUAUUGCUAUCUCUCCAUGUAAAACUAUCCUGGUUAUAGAUGGAGAGGUGGAAUUGUUGCCAUAGAAACAUGCAUGUUUGGACUGGGCAUUUGUAGUGGAGAGGAGUUAGUAAGAUGACAAGACCCACCUGAAACGCAAAAAAACAAUUCUGUAACCAGGCAUUUUUGACCCUAGGAUCUGCCCUGCUUAAAGCUCCUUGUCAUUUGGUUCUACACUGCAUGCAGGAGAAUCUCUGCCCUCCGACCCAUCAAGGAGGCUCAAAAUGUUGCAAGCAGGAAAGUAACAUCAGAAUAUUUUAUGGGGUGACUAACACGUCAUUAAAAUCCAUAGGGUACAAAGAGUGGCAAAAACUGUGCGUUUUAGGAGAGUUUAGUUAGUAAAGUGGUGAAAUAAAUUUGAGAUGUUGAAAUGGUUAGAGUAAGAACGGAAUGAGUGUUUAUUAAUGUAAAUGUUCUGGUGUCACUGAAGGCUGAGUAUUAUAAAGGCAGUGUUUACAUUGCUGCCUAGGGACGCCUCCAGUGUUAGUCACUCAGAUGCCACUGGAUGUGUUUUCUAUCUCAGGGUUGCAACUUGCAUCACCUAUGUUCAGCAUCUCCACGCUCUGCACAGAGACACUGAACGCUCCCCACAGAGAUGCAGUGAUUCAAUACGUCUGUAUUAGGAGAUGCAGAUUGGUGCAUUGUUUCGCUGCGCAUGCAAAAUAGCCUCCCAUUGCUUUCCUAUGGAAAAGCAUUGGAUUGGCUGAGAUCAUCAAAACCGAUGAUCUCAGCCAUGGAGACUGGUGGGGUGAGAGUGGAAAGGUAAGUUUAAAUAUCUUUUAUUUCCCAUCUGAGGUAGGCCAGGGACCUAAACAGCCACUUUGUAUACUUAGCCACUUAGUUCAAAUAUAGUGGAACAGCACUAUAAUGUUAGAAAACAUGUUAGUAUUCCUCACACUACAGUGUUCCUUUAAUGGUGGCAUCUGCCAAUAGCAAUGCUGCCUGGGAAUUUAACUCCCACUAAUCUUAAGCAGAAGUGGACAUCCCUAAUAUACCCAUUGCUUCCCACACAAUUCUAGCAGGACGAAUCAAAUUAGUCUUCAAUGUAUUCAGAAGCAAGAUACAAAUGAAGAUUGCAAUGUAAACACCAUAUAUAAUAAAUUCAGAGAUGAUGUAAUUAUGUUAUUUUAACUCUGCUUCCUCCUCCUACCAGGAUUGUUUAGAUCCACAGUUCUGGGGCCUCAGAAACACUAAAGUCUUCAUCUUGGUCUUUGAUAUCUGCAAUCCAGAGAGUUUCCACCACGUCAAACAGCUAAGACAGCAAAUCUUAGACAGGUCAGGUGAUUUCCAAGCAAUUCUAUUUUUGUACUUUACACGUUUACAUCAGUGGGGAAAAAAAUACUGUCCAAAAACGUGAAUAUUAAUGUAAACAAGCACAAUGUAACUAAGUUAUUUUAAGGUGUGCACAGAACACUCUUUAAUAGAUAGCAGGAUUAAUAAUGGAUAUUGAUUGGUAGUUUUGGUAAUGUUAAAUUAGCAGUUAAUUGUAUGAUCUUUAACAUAGCAGUGUGGAUGGAGAUCCACAAAGGGGUUUAUGUGAGGGGGCUGGGGGAACUGUAAGUAAUAAAAGUGUAAAGUCAUACUGUUUACUCUUCCUUUUUCAGUUCUGGAUGACUGAUGCAGAUGGAUGCUGUUUCUCCUUAAUAAGUUCUUAAUGAUUUAAAGUUACAGACAAAUUAGUUUUAAACUUUAGACCACAAUAACAAAUGGGAAAAAAAUAAUACUUUAAAGGACCACUAUAGGCACCCAGACCACUUCAGCUUAAUGAAGUGGUCUGGGUGCCUGGUCCAGCUAGGGUUAACCCAUUUUUUCAUAAACAUAGCAGUUUCAGAAUCCAGUUCGGUAACCAAAUCAGAUGACGCAAAAUUGGGACAAUCAGUGUACUGAAAAAUAUAUGCAUAAUAUUACGUAAGUAAUUUGCAGUCCACUUAUAUGAACAUUUUUCGCUAUUUGGUUCACAGAUCUAGUGGGAAAAAGUAACCAAUACAGGCAAACCUCACUUACCAACUGGGUUCCGUUCUUACGACUCGCUCUUAAAGCGGAUUGGUCGGUAAGUGAGGAUGCGCUAGAGAGCAGGUCUAAGUUCAGGGGAAUUACCUCUGAGAUAGACCAGUUCCCUAGCGGAGGGAAUCCUGCGAAUCUAUGAUUGGGGAAAAUUCUGUGAACAUAGACCAAAUAUCAACGUAGGGAAUCCCUCGCUAGAGAGCUGGUCGUAAGUCCGAGCAGUCAUAUAACAGGUAGGUCGUAAAAUGAGUACCACCUGUAGAGGUAAAAUCAGGGGGAACAGAAAAAAAAAAUCUGUAUAUAUAUUUAAUAUAGAGAGAUUGAUUUUUACUGCUCCUUCUCAUUUUCCCUCUAUUGUUCACUUCUUACUUGAUCUGUGAAUAAUAUCAUCAUUUAGUGACUGCCCCCCUAACUCUCAAUCAUUUUUAUCCUGCAAUCAAUCAUCCCCCUUUUUUUUUUUUUUUUUACCCCAUCCGCAGAAUUCAGAAUCAGAAAUCAAAACGAGCAUGCUCGGCCACAGCAUGUUUUGUUUUUUUCGUUAAAUUUUGGCUUAGAGUUCAGUAAUUUAACUGAUCACCUGUCCGCCCAAUUUCAUUGUAAUUGCAGUUCACACUGAAACAAACCUCCAAGUUUACCGCUGACCCUCUUUUAAGUUUGGCUGCUGACUACAAUUAUAAGAAAUCCAAAGGCUUCAAAGACCCUUUAUGCCCUAAAGAUCUGUUCACUUUGUUACUUGGAUUUGGUGUCCCCAAAACACGUGUAUGCUGCCACACAUGGAACGGUGAGGAGCUGAUGUCACUUGUCAUCAGAGAAUAGGAACAAAGUUUAGUUAACAUUACUCGGAGUAACUCACUGCACUAAUCAUUUUGAUCUGAGACUACGACUGGCCACUACGUGUAUCAGGAGAGUGUGUCCUCAUCAAUAAAAUGGAGAACCCAUGUCCUAACACAAAUGUAUGACAUGAUUUCUAUAAUGUGAACAGACCGUGACAAAACACAUUAAAGGGAACUGCAUGCCUCCCUUUACAUUGAAGGGCAAUGCUUACAAUAUGGCUAUUCACAUUGAAUUCACUUCAAAUUCCAAACAAUUUUCAUUUUUGUGAAUAACCCUGUUUGUAUUCCAGCAGACAUGAGAUGAUAUCUGCAUACCUCUCAACUCUGGCGUCCUCUAAAUUAGGAGACUGGUGGGAGGGCAGGAAAGGGGGAGAAUCAGUAAUGCAAUUGUGUCACUGGCGCUACCCAAAGUGAGCAGAGCCCCUCAGAAGGGCUACCUGUCCAUUAUCCAGGCUGGCCUACUAAGAGCAGACCCUGCAAAGACACUGUUUCAGUGCUAAUUCCCUGAGUAUAGCGCAAGAGGGUGCAAUGAUGCAUCCACCCUAUGCUUGUUGGGGACAGUCUCCAAAAGAGGGAAAAGUCAGAAAAAUCAGGACUGUUCCACCAAAACUAAGACAGUUGGGAGGCCUGUAUCUGCUGCUUCUGAGUUGUUUUAUUUAAUUCUCUAAUAGGGACCCACUGUGGCUGUGACAUAACGACUUGAUGUUGUGGGUAACGUUAUCACACUGUCCGGUGCAUGUAAUAUUCGAAUGUGUAGAGUGUACUAAUGGAAAAUCAUGUUUCUAUUAGCAAACAAGUGCACACUAUAAUUCCAUGUAUGCAGGAAAGGGUGUGCCAGAAUUCUCCUGAAGGAAAAAAAACCAACACAGGCUGCAGACAGGACACAGGCACCAUCGAAUGAGUGCUUGAAUACAAUGAGAGAUGGCUGGGGUAGGAGACCGGGGAUACAACAGACAAAGUGAAAAUGAAAGAUAGCUGUUUUAACUGUAAUGCUUACAUCAUUUUAGCUUUCAAUUAAUUGAAAUAAAAAGAGUAAAACUUGAUUUUCACUUUAAAGGGACACGAUAGUCACCUGAACAACUUUAGCUUAAUGAAGCUGUUUUGGUGUAUAGAACAUGCCCCUGCAGCCUCCCUGCUCAAUCCUCUGCCAUUUAGGAGUUAAAUCCAUUUGUUUAUGAACCCUAGUCACACCUCCCUGCAUGUGACUUGCACAGCCUUCCAUAAACACUUCCUGUAAGGAGAGCCCUAUUUAGGCUUUCUUUAUUGCAAGUUCUGUUUAAUUAAGAUUUUCUUAUCCCCUAGCUAUUAGCUAUGCUAAUAGCUUGCUAGACACUGCAAGAGCCUCCUGUAUGUGAAUAAAGUUCGAUUUAGAGAUUGAGAUACAAUUAUUUAAGGUAAAUUACAUCUGUUUGAAAGUGAAACCAGUUUUUUUUUUUCAUGCAGGCUCUGUCAAUCAUAGCCAGGGGAGGUGUGGCUAGGCUGCAUAAACAGAAACAAAGUGAUUUGACAGUGAAUUGAACAGUGCAAUUGCAGGGGAAUGAUCUAAACACUAAAACUGCUUUAUUUAGCUAAAGUAAUUUAGGUGACUACAGUGUUCCUUUAAAGAGGAACUGUGACUUUUCCAAUAGUGAAUUCUUAUUCUCACCCCAUAUAAUAUUACUGAAGUGUUUUCUAGGGUCAGUGACGUACACACAAACCAUGGGGCCCCCGGUGCGAAAAUGAUCCGUGGGCCCCCCUCCCUCCCACCACACACACACACACACACAUACAUACAUACAUACAUACAUACAAACAAACUAACAGACAGGUAGACAUAUAUACAUACAGACAGACACACACAGACCGACACACAUACUGGCACACUGACACAUACAUACAAACAGACAGGCACACAUACAGACAGACAGACACACAUACAGACACACACACACAUACAGACAGGCACACAUACACACACAAGAUGCACAUACAUACAAACAGACAAGCACACACACACACACACAAACAUACAUACACAGACAGGCACACACACAUACAUACAAAGACAUACAUACAGGCAGACACACACACAGACACACAUACAAAUAGACAGGCACACACACACCAAAAUGUUUAAGUCACCCUCCUGUUUCCUACCUUUUAGGUGCAGGAGGGUGACUGGGGUCCAGUGGUGGCUCAGGUGGAUGGGAGUCAGAGUUCCCAUUCUGACUCCCUGGUCUUCCUCCCGCGCAGCUCUCAGUGUUAGCUGGGAGGAGUGACGUCACUUCCUCCCAGCUUGUGAUGUCAUCACAGGGGGCCCCAGCGCUGACCGCGCCCCCUGACAAUCCAUAUCCAUCAGGUGGCCCUGACAGCAUGGGCCUCCCGAUGGACCCCUUGGACGGCGGCCCCGGCGGUUUGCCACGUGGGCCGGGGCCACAGAAGAUGAUGGCGGCGGAUACCCGGUCACAGGGGUCCACAGGGCGGCCGGGCCCCCUGGAGUGGCGGGCCCGGUCACAGCUGCGACGACUGCGGCAUGUACGCCACUGAUUAGGGUCAUUGUGUGCUCAGAAGGUUAGUUAAAACAUAUUGCCAAUAUAUUCUACAUGCACUUACAGACUUGGCAUCCCCCCAGAGAAUUAUGAUAUAUGUAGUAUUUGUGCCAGUAUAAUUCAUUCAAUAGAAAUUUAAAAAUCAUAAGAGAAGCAUUUAUUAACCAAAAGGCAAACCAAUAGCUAACCUUUUGUUAGCUAUUUGAAUGUCCUAUUGCUCCCAAUGUUUCUUAUUAAAGUAAUUUAAAGGGACAUUCCAAGCACUAAAACUGCAGAGGAGGAAGUGACUGGUUCUCAGUAAGCCCCAUGGAAGUUGUUAAACCACCAUAUCUUCUACAGCGUGUUCUACAGCGUGUUUGGCAGUGUUCUUGUUACUUUACUUUCCUAUCUUCACAUUUAAAGGGAAACUAUAGUGCCAGGAAAACAAACUUAUGUCAAGUGGUGCAGAAGGUGUUGCUAACCCCUUCUGUCACUUACCUGGUUCCAGUGCAGAUGUAACUCUGCGCUGGCUCAAAUCCGCCCACGCUGCUCCCCAACUCUGGCUCAACUCCGCCCACGCUCCUCCUCCUGGCCGCGCUUGCAUUAGGAUCUCCCGAUAGGAAAGCAUUAUUUAAUGCUUUCCUAUGGGGAUUCCGGUGACGCUGGAAGUCUGUAUACAUAGCGUGAGGACGUCCAGCUUCGUUUAGAUGACCAAAAGUCGUCUAAAAUACUGGAAGUCCCUCUAGGACUUAACCCUAGCAGGUAAUUUUUACAGUUUAUAAAAACUGCAAUAACUACAUGCUCAGAGUUAAGGGUGAUUAUGGGAAUUUGCAUCCAGACCACUUCAAUGAACUGAAGUGGUCUGGGUGCCUAAAGUGUCCCUUUAACAGAAAUGUCUGUUGUUUUGUAAUUAAAUCCCAGCCACACCUGCCCGUCACACAGUCUCCAUGAUAUAACACGUUUAAUUUUUAUUGCACAGUUUACUUUAAACGUUUUUAUCUCCUGCUCUAUUGAUAGAACUUUAAAUGCACACAGAAGGCGGCUAUAGGAUCUAGCAGGAGGCAACUGACAGAGCAGGCAAUAAGAAAUUCUAAAGUAAACACAUUGUGCUAUAAAGGAAGUAAAAGAAAAUCUGAGCUUGUUCUGGAAGUUUGUAGGUUGGGUGUGCAUAAUAGCCAGAGCAGGUGUGGCUUGGGCUGCAUAAACAAUAUAAUUUAACUCCUAGAUGGCAGAGAAUUGAGCAGUGAGACUGCAGAGGCAUGAUCUAUACACUAAAACCAAAAAUGGCAAGAGGAGUGCAAAAACACUUUUUUAUGCUAACCAGUUUGCCCUAAUGUAGAGUUUGUUUCGUAAAAACAAAAGCAUAAAUAAUACAAUAUAGUCAGCAAUGCAGCACGUCAUGGCAGCCAUCUUUAGCAAACGAACCAGGUGGCUGACAUGCGCAGUGGGGACACUAACCUAUGCCUGGUUAGUUCGCCUCACGGUGCAAGAAACAGCUGCUGAGGGCCCAUGUACGUUAUGGGGCCCACGGCAGUUGCCCCGCGAAAAAGAAGGGCCUGAAUAUAGUGUAGUAUUAAAUAUAGCCUGAGUAAUUUAAAUAUUCACUAUAAUUACACCUCUAAACUUUGUUUAAUCAGUGCUAAAGAAUCAUACAUUUUCACACCCAGUGCUAACAUUUUCUGUGCCACAUAUGUAAGAUUGUCUGGCAGAAAUGUCUUCUAUAUUGUAUAAGUAAUGAAAUGGUUAGUAUUGGCAAUACAAGCAGUCAAUAGCUAAUAUGGUGCCCCUCCCCCUUUUGUCUCCACAGUGCCAGUAAGCCCCCACUGAUAGUUGUGGUUGGUAAUAAGAGAGACCAGCAGAAACAUCGCUUUGCCCUUCGCCAUGUUUUGUCGGUGCUGGUGAAAAAGAACUGGAAAUGUGGUUAUUUAGAGUGCUCAGCUCGGAACAACUGGCAUAUCCUCCUGCUCUUCAAGGAGCUGCUGAUCAGCAUGUCUGCCAGAGGGAGGCGCACUACCAGCAGCAUCUGCCUACAAGGAGCUCUGCACAGGGAACGAUGCAGCAUCAUGUGA